CGAGCUUGCGUCCAUGAUAGAAAGUUGCAGCGGUACUCUUAGUAUAUGUUAUUCUAUGGUAUGGUCUUUCAACAACUAUAUAAUACGAUGUCCAACCUGGUUUCUAGUAUCAUAGUCACAAGUCGCAUAACAGGAAAAGAUCUCGUUUAAUUCCAACCUCCAAAGACCUCUCCGACCCAAGCCUGCUGUGCAUUAUUUCUCAACAAACUGGAAUCAAAAUGCAGAUCAAGACAGCCCUUGCCACAUUGUUCAUCGUCCUUGCUGUGGCCCUUCCUCAACCCAACGAUAUCUCGAGCACAGUUUCAAGCCCUAAGGCGAGCCGUGUCGACGGAGAAGCCUCAAUCUUGGCACGAGAUCAAAAGAUCUGGCAGGCUGCCGGUGGAUGCAAGGAAGACUGGGACGAAGACAACCGCUGCCAAAAGGCGUGCAUUGCCGAGGCCUUCCUGGGCGAGUGUCCAGGUAUGGUGUCAAUGGCUUGGGCCCUUACAGGUGGCUGUAUUAUACGAUGGUACACUUGUGAGUGUAUUUGCGAGUGGGAGUAAGUGUUCGACCUUGUUGUCGGGCGGAAUCAAACUGGUGGCGUUGCGGUUGCCGGAAAGUGAAUGAAUUGAGGAAGGGUGCAGGGAGCACUUGAAGGGUAUGUGGUGGAAACACGUUCAUUGUGUAAACAAACCAUAGUCGAGUCAAAAUAUAUGUCUGCGCAGCAU